GUCAUAUACUCUAUCCUUUAUAGUGAUGCUACAGGACACAGAGGAAUGGAUAAAAACAUUGGUGAGCAACUCAAUAAAGCUUAUGAAGCAUUUCGACAGGCAUGCAUGGAUAGAGAUUCUGCUAUAAAAGAACUACAACAAAAGACUGAGAACUAUGAGCAGAGAAUUCGUGAGCAACAGGAACAGCUGUCACUUCAACAAACUAUUAUUGACAAGCUAAAAUCACAGUUACUUCUUGUGAAUUCCAGUCGAGAUAAUAGUUAUGGCUAUGAUCCUCUGCUUGAAGACAGUGACUCAAGGAAGAAUAAUUUGACUCUUGAUCUGCCACAUGAUAAAGUGAUAUCAGGAAUACCAAGAGAAAAGCAAUUAAAGGUAAAAAGACAAGAGAUUUCUUCUCCUAGAAAAGAAACAUCACCAAGGAGUCUUGGCAUUCCUUUAUUUCAUGAAAGGGAUUAUAUAGAGAAGACUUUCUGGGAUCUGAAAGAAGAAUUUCAUAGAAUAUGCAUGCUAGCAAAAGCACAGAAAGAACACUUAAGCAAACUUAAUGUACCAGAAAUUGCAAAUGAAACACAGUGCUCUGUGCCUAUACAGUGUACGGAUAAAACCGAUAAACAAGAAGCGCUAUAUAAGCCUCAGGCUAAAGAUGGUAUAAAUAGAGAUGCACCAUGCAGCACAUCUGUCACACCAAGAGGACUGGGCCGAGAUGAAGAAGAUACCUCCUUUGAAUCACUUUCUAAAUUUAAUGUCAAGUUUCCACCUAUGGACACUGACUCUCCUUUCCUGCAUAGCACUCCAGAGAGACCCAGAAUUCUUGGUCCUGCCACAUCUGAGACAGUGUGCCAGGACACAUUUAAUAUGGAGCCCAGAAACAACCCAGGAAACUUGGUUAAAACAGAAGAAACUUUAUUUGACAAUCAGGGAAUUGAGCCCAUAGCUUCAGCUAUACAAAACCUUAAAACAACUGACAAAUCGAAACCUUCAAAUCUUAUAAACACUUGUGUCAGGACAGCUCUGGACAAAGCUCCGUGUUUGCCACCUGGAAACCAUGUAUAUGUAAAUACAUUCCCACUCCAGGGUCCGUCUGAUGCACCUUUUCCCUCAUUUGAUUCCUCAGGAAGAGCUAUCCGAGGACCACAGCAGCCUGUUUGGAAGCCCUAUCCUAAUCAAGACAGUGACUUACUAAGUGGUACAGACUCAGAACUACAUAUACCUCGAGUAUGUGAAUUCUGUCAAGCAGUUUUCCCACCAUCCAUUACAUCUAGGGGGGAUUUCCUCCGGCAUCUUAAUUCACACUUUAAUGGGGAGACUUAAAACAAAUUUACAAACAGAUAUUUCAGGUUCUAUGCAAUGAUUUUGGGGUUUGUAAUUCUAUAAAUACUUGAUUGUAAACUAAGUUUAAGGAUGUUUAUAGAAAAAUUCAAUGCUGCAGCUAUUUGAAUUUUUUUUCCCCUAAACUUAAAUUUGGUGACUUUGUCAUCUUUUAAAAGAUCAUUCUGU